AGAUCUUACCACAAUUAAAAGAAUGGCGUUUCAUCAAUUAGAAAGACUAGUUGCUUUCAAUUCCAAACCAAAAUACAAAAUUAAUUUUGCUUUUUUCUUUGUCACUUAUCUAUUUUAUUUAUUACUUAUUUUUGUUUUUAAUAAAAAUUAUCUCAUAAAAAAGACCUAAAAUGGAACCAACAAAUCAAUUUCCCAAUGAUGACAAGAUUAUCUUCAAAACAGAUAAACACUCUACAAUCAUCUCGGAAAAUCUCCAAACUUUCUAUGAAGAAAAUGAAUUUUUCGAUACUAUAAUCAAAGCAGGAAUUGACUGCGUCAAUAUCAAUGCUCAUAAAGUUGUCCUGUGCUCAUUGAGUGAGUAUUUCUUGCAUACUUUCCGUGCAACUCAAACAACUUCCAAAGAAAACAUUCUUGAGCUUAAAGAAAUCAAAGCUUCAACUUUGAAACUUGUUAUUGAUUUUAUGUAUUCAGGUGCAAUUGAAAUGAGUCUCGCAACUGUUGAGGAACUUUUGCGAACUGCAUCGUUUCUUAAAUUGAAAACCUUAAUUGAUGGUUGCUGUGAAUUGAUUGAGAAAAACAUCAAUCUCAGUAACUCUUUGUAUUGGUUUCGUUUAGCUCACGAAUUGAGCUUGAGUGGUCUCAAGGACAAAUCACUAGAAUGCACAUACACUCACUUUGAGAAAAUAUCGAAGGAGAAAGAACUCAUGAUGUUGAAUGAAAAUGAAUUGAAAGAUUUGUUAUUCAAUGAUAAUCCUCAUGGAGACUUUGAAGAGGAAGUCUUUUUGUCCAUGGUAGCAUGGAUAAAUUAUGACAAGCUCAAUCGUGAACAUUUAGUUUUUGAGCUUCUUUCAAUGGUUCGAUUUUGGGUUCUUUCGCCCAAGUUCAUUAUUGAAAACAGACAUUCAGUUUGUAAGACUGUCGAAAGCUACGAAUUAAUUUGCGGUUGGCUUCAAUGGCAUUUGUCACCGGAAACUCGGUCAAAUGAUUAUUCAGAUUAUGCUUUCAGGCCAAGGAAGAAGCCUAAACUUGCAUUUAUAACCAGUUUUGGCAAUCGUUCACUUCUUAAUAUUAUUAUUGAAACCUUUAACCCAAAAACAAAUUCCUGGUCAGAGGAAUUAGAUAAAUGUUUUGAUUCAGGAAAAUAUAAUUUUGCAUCAAUUGUGAUUGACGGUAAGCUAAUUAUGGUUGGAGGUAGGGAUAGAGAUGAAUGGAAAAAUACCGUGGAAUGUUUUGAUAUAAAUACUUUUGAGCUUAGUGAUUUGCCACCAAUGAUAAACUCUCCAAAACAACGUUGCAAGUUGGUAGAUUUAAAAGGACAUUUGUGUGUGUUUGCUGAUGGUAAAGAUACUGAUACGGUUUCAAUGGAAAUAUAUAACUUUACAACACGUAAAUGGAAAGAUUUACAUCCGAUUUGUCAAUUAAGUAAAACAAGCCAAAUUGCUACCCACAAUGGGAUAUUAUACAUUCUUGAUUUUAAUAAUGGCAUCUUGCAAACUUAUGAUGCCUUAACGAACAAAUGGACCUCUAAAACUAUUAAAACAGAUUCUUUAAAAAAUUUUGGUCUUGCAGCAGUUGAAGGAUUCUUGUACGUCUUUGGUGGUUGUAAAGAAAACGAUGACUGCAGAAAGGAAUCUGGUGGAGAUGUGGAUGAAAAUGAGGGUGAGGAUGAAAAUGAGGGUGAGGAUGAGGAUGAAAAAUAUGUUAAAACUGCUCAACGUUACGAUUUAACAAAUGAUCAAUGGUCUGAAAUGGCACCGCUUCCUUACGAACAAGCUACCUCAUACAUUCAAACUAAAGUUCUUGAAAAUAAAAUUUUAGCAUGUGAUAAUGUCAAUAUUAGCGAGUAUGAUCUUGACACUAAUACAUGGAAAACUAUGCACCCUAUAACAGAUUCCAUUUGGAAUUUUACUUUUGAUAUUAUUUAUAAUUGUUACAGCUAAAAAAAAAACUUAUCUUUAAUUUAUGUUUAAUUUCUAUUAAAUUCGUUAUUAAAAUCUUUUAUACUU